AUGCCUCGCCCUGCCGCCUCCGGCUAUGAGAGGCUUGCCCAGGAGGCUCAGCUUUCCGAUUCCGAUGAUGACGACCGAGAAUCCAUCGUGGAUCACCCCGGCCGGGUCGUGACGGUUCAGCCUCGUCCACCCAUCUCCAUGUUGCCAACACCCUAUGGGCCCCUCACACCCUCUCACAAUGGUAGAUCCGUGAAGCGCCUACGAAGUAAUAGCUCUGGUGUUGAUAUCAAAGCGAUCAAUGCGCGUUUGGAACGGUGGAGUCACGAGAUUGCCAACAAAUUCAAGUUCAAGAAGGGGCGUUCACAACAGGAGCAUCCACCUUUAGAAAUCGUUUACUCGGUCUUUGUGCCACCGGAAGGCACGAGACCGCUUACAGACGCCAUCCCAUUGGGCCUGCCGCCGGUGGCGGAAAACAUUCAGUUUACCCAGGAGCAGUUCGAGGAAAUAGUCGAAUCUGUCAGGCUGGCUAUUAGGAAGGGAAUUGAUCCUAAAUUGAUCAAGCAGGGCUCCUCCGGAAGCUACUUCAUGCGAGAUAGUGAUGGAAAUGUUGUAGGAGUAUUCAAACCAAAGGAUGAGGAGCCGUACGUGUUUCAAUCCCGCUUCAGGUUUAUUUGUGCACAUUUGCUAAAAGUGUUCCCAACAGCUAUGGAAAGCUUAACCCCAAAAUGAUGAAGUGGCUUCAUCGCACUCUGUCAGUUCCCCGUAGUUCUAUUGGGCUUUUCGGGUUUGUGAUUUGGUUGGGUGUAUUUGCUAACGUUGAAUCUCAUGGUUGUAGGUUCCCCUGCUUUUUCGGUCGUGCAUGGUAUGCAAUAUAUCCCCGGCUAUGAGAACUCCGGGGGUUACUAGCUAAUAUGGACACAGUUUGAUACCCAAUCUUAGCUACAUCUCUGAAGCUGCGGCUUGCCUUUUGGAUCGGCAGCUGAAGACCUUUCUUGUGCCUUACACAGAUGUUGUCAAACUGUCGAGCAAAUCAUUCCACUAUGACUACUGGGAUCGACGAGCUUACUAUAAGAAGCACAAGCCAUUGCCAUCCAAGGUUGGCAGUUUCCAAGUGUUUCUUAAGGGUUUUCAGGGUUUGCCGCUUGUUUGCGCCCCACGCCCGGAGCCCCCGUGCUGAUAUCUUGGAGUAGAUGCAAACGUUUUUCUACGAAAGCACCCAUGGCCGGAUCAGUUCAAUUCAUCGUUUCGAACGGACUCUGCUCCUAGAAGGCGAACACCUUGGGCGUCUGCAUGUAGGCCUAGUGGCGCUGUCGAUGAUGAUUCUGACGAGGAGUCCCACACUCCACUUUCAAUGGAUGAUCCGGAAAAUCGCCGGUUUGUAUGGACCGAACAGCUGCAGCAAAACUUUCGUGAGGAGCUUGAGAAGCUCGUAAUUCUAGAUUAUAUUAUGCGGAAUACAGAUAGAGGUUUGGAUAAUUGGAUGAUCAAAGUUAAUUGGCAGACAUCGGAGGUUACCGUGGUGUCCCAGCCAGCUCAGUUCAACGGGAUGGCCUCGCCCCCACAAAAUGGUAGUCUUGAUCCCAACACGAUCGGCUUGAACACCAUACGUUCCGCAUCCCCCAUGUAUCGAGUUCAGGAGCCAAUGGUUGCAAGCUCAAGAUCCGAAACACCUCAGCUGGGUGCGGGCGCUACAGUGACUAUCGGUGCCAUCGACAACUCAUUAGCCUUCCCUUGGAAGCACCCUGACCAGUGGAGGAGCUUCCCUUUUGGAUGGCUCUUCCUCCCGGUGUCUCUCAUCGGCCAGCCUUUCUCCCAGAAGACCAGGGACCACUUUCUACCCAUCUUGACAUCUGCGAAGUGGUGGGCGGAAACUCAAACGCUGCUUCGUCGAUUGUUUGAGCAAGAUUCCGACUUCAAGGAGAGAAUGUUCCAGAAGCAGAUCGCGGUAUUGAAAGGCCAGGCCUUCAAUGUGGUUGAAACCCUGAAAGCACCCGACCAGGGUCCUCUAGAGUUGACGAGGAGAACGAGGGUCCACGUUUGGGUACGUUAUAUCCCUGCAUGGGGCUUGCAGCCCGGUAGGGAGGUCAAGCAACAGCUGACUGAAAUCGCAGGAUGAUGAAAUGGAAGUUCCGGUUGCCGUUCCACUACGUGUGCCUACCACGUCAGAUACUGGGCGUCGGCGGGAGUAUGAUCUUGAACAAGGUUUCAACGAACAGGCAGAGAUGGAUAUAGGGGCCGCUGCCUCGUCGGCACCUCUGCCUCGAGAGGUCGAUAUACUAGGAUUAGGACUCUCGCCGCCACGCUACGAGAUACCAAGUUCCGUGAGGUUGGGAAUAUCUAGAACAGCUAGUAUUGGGUCUAGCAAUGGCGGCGAGCUCAGCGAUCAGCAAAGUGCUCUUAUUCCUGGUUCACCUCAGUCCACUGCGGAAACGGCUGCAUCUAAAUCGCCAACGGGACGUGCAGGUAUCCGUGGCGGCGGUGGGGCUCCGAGUUCCCCAAGGCCCCAGAGACUAAAUCACAAGAGCUUCGAUGCUAGCGGUCGGAAUGGGCUGUCUCGAAAGAAGGAUGCUCCGGGCCUUCUUGAUCCCCAAAGGCGGAGGUUCUCGCUGACAGGUGGCCUUGGUGGAGGCCCUCCGCGAAACGUAUACAACGAUGAUGACGCAGAAGGCGAUUUGGGAUACUCGGCUGUUGGUGGCAGCGAAGGCGCGCAGAGGAAGGUUAUCGUCGAGAGGUUAGAGGCCGUCAAGUCAAGGAAUCCGGUAUUCACUUGGUGUUAGAAAAGGGAGGGGAAAAGCUUUGCAUCGGAGUAGUUUGGGUUCAUGUUUUGUUUUUUCUCUUCUUUCUCUCUUUUUCUCUCUCUCCUUCCCUAAAGACUGGAUUGGUUCUUAUUUUAUUAAAGCACUGGGUCGUAUUUGAGUUAUUUUUCCACCUUCUCUUCCUUCUUCCCUUUCGCUCUUGCCUUUCCUCCUUUUUUCCCGAGCUCAGGGUACGAUACGCCGGUAUUUAGUUUGGCGGCAGUGGACGUGCGAAACGUGCGGAAAAAAUGAAAAAGGGAAGAAAGAAAAAGGAAGGAAGGAAGGAUGGCACAUGGCACAGGGAAUGUAUCGGUACGGUAUGGGCUCACGAGGCUUGCUUCCUUCCGCCUAUCUAUCCACAAUACGAUAUCAAAAUAUUAUAGACUAUCUCCCGAGAGGCACCAUUCAUCUUCGUUUAAAUAUCUUUUUUCUUUUUUUCAUAUUUUCCAUCUAAACUGCAUUUUCUCCCUACCGGUACAAGUAUCCCUCUUGGACUGAACUUGUACUUAGUACUCGUAGGGGCACCAGAUGAUGAUUCGCGCAAUGCCCUGCCAUAUGCCCGUAGUAGCCAUCAAGUCCCGUACAGGAGGGAUCUAGCAAACUAUCUGUGCAUAUCGAGCGUCCAUACCGGUAGUAAAUUCCGACUCGGAUCACAAAGUUAUUUUCCUUCCCACGAAGCUUCAGAUGCUCGGAUGCACUGCUUCGUACCGGAUAAGCGGCGCAAUACAGUAGGAAUAUUUAAUUACACUUUCCGUACCUGAAGAACCAUUAUCACUAUAAGAAAUCGCGGGAUAACGACGUGUGCCCAAAUACCAGGCUCUCCCCCUACCGGUAACAUACCGUACCACCAGGAACGGACUGUCGGAGCCUUGCACUUAUGAUACCCACUUGCCUCCAUGAUACCAUGCUCUCCUGUGCAUGCCAUACCAGCAGCAUAAAUCAUGACCCUACCAUCCAUCAUCCAUCCAUUCAUCCAUCCAUACGGUACUGUACCCGUAUUCCGUUCCGCCCUAUUCGUCAUGUCGAAGCCUUUUUCCAAGGGAAGAGUUAGUCUACUAAUGCUCGUCGUAUCGCAUACCACUAAAAUUUGGCCCUCUCCCUCGGGUCUGGGUGGUAUGGCAUAGUGGUAUUAUUUUUUAUUUUUUUUCCAAAACCGCUUCAAACACCGUGCCGGUACAGUGCAAUACACUGCUAUGUGUGGGACACUUGCUCACGUGCUCGUCUGGACGAUAAGCUCCACGUAUUAUUUUUCUUUUUUCCCCUCUUCAUUCCCCCAGCAGUCAUCUUUAUCGUCUGCUUGCUUGCUUUUGCUUUGCGGGCAAGGGUAGCCUUGCUUGCCCGCUCGUACUCUCACAACGCAUU